AUGGGCGUAGAGCCGGUUCCGGUCAAAGCCUUGCUGGACGAGAUCCACUCGUACCUACCGACCGAACGCGAUCAAAACAGGCAUGUGUUGUGGAAGAUCGGAACGCACAAUAUGGUGAUCGCCGUGCUGCCGGACAUUGGGAAACAAAGCGGCCGCGACUGUGGCGAUCUAGCUGUUGAGUGA